ACGUGUCGUCAAGAGCUGCGCGCCGUCCGGCUCCUCCGUUUUCUUUCACUCUCCUCUGCGCUCGUGUCGAGUGUUUUUACCUCAAACGGGCUGCAAAACCGUCAAGGAAAGCGUUCAUCUAGUUAGAAAAUACUAGUCCUUUGCUGGACAUAACUGUGGGGAGACGGCGAGCAGGAAACUAAACUUUGUGAGGAGUUGGAAAAGAUGCAAGAGUGACGCUGAGAGAAAGGAAUCCAAAGCGCACUGUGGCACAGGAGACGAAAACUCAACGAGGUUCAUAUAUAUUUAUAUAUACGUCACGUGUACUGUAUGUAUAGGGACACUGGGCCAACAGUGGGAAGUGAGUCAGAGGAUCCGUUUCUGACUUUCUCAUGAGAGAGUGAGUUAAUCGCAUUGUGAUACUGCGUAAACGUUGUGAAACCUCCGCUUGCGACACGCCAACACAACCCCGUCCCGUGACCCGUCCGUUUUUAUCUCGGGUUCUUCCCGCCCGCGGCGCGUGCAGCGCGCUGCAGAGUCGUCCUCGCGCGGCCGCGUGCACCCGUCCCGGGGAGCAAAUGGCAGCGGCAGAGAGCAGGGUGCUGUCCUCGGCGCUGCGCGCGCUCUGCGCGCCGCGCGCCGGGGCCGUCUCCCUCUCGCGGGGCGCGCCCCACCGCCGCGGCGCUCACUUCGCGCCGGGGGGCUCCGCGGGCGGCGGCCGCUCCUACAGAGAACUGCGGGAGCUGUCCGAGAGAGCGCCCGAGCGCUUCUGGGACUCCGUAGCCAAGGAGAGGCUGCUGUGGAACAAGCCCUUCGAACAGGUCGCCGACUGUGACAUGAGGCAGGGAAAGAUCCGAUGGUUCCUCGGAGGACAGCUUAACGUUUCCGCUAACUGCCUGGAUGUGCACGUGGCCAGGGCGCCGGAGCGAGUGGCGCUGCUGUGGGAGAGGGAUGAACCAGGCUCUGAAGUUAAGGUCACCUACAGGGAGCUCCUGGAGACCACCUGCCGCUUAGCCAACACUCUGAAGAGACAUGGAGUACGGAAAGGGGAUCGGGUGGCUAUCUACAUGCCCGUGUCACCCAUAGCCGUGGCAGCCAUGCUGGCCUGCGCUCGAAUUGGGGCCGUGCACACUGUGGUGUUCGCAGGCUUCAGCGCCGAGGCUCUGGCAGGAAGGAUCGAGGACGCUCAGUGCAAGGCCGUGAUCACAUGUAACCAGGGUGUGCGGGGGGGGAGGACCAUCAACCUGAAGACCACCGUGGAUACGGCUGUGAAGAGUUGCCCCUCUGUUCGGAACGUCUUUGUGGCACACAGGACAGAGUGCAAGGUGCCCAUGGGCCCACUGGACAUCUUCCUAGAAGAGGAAAUGGCAAAAGAGUCAACAAGUUGUCCCCCGGAGCCCAUGGAGAGCGAGGACAUGCUGUUCAUGCUGUACACUUCAGGCAGCACGGGAAAACCGAAGGGUAUCGUGCACACGCAGGCUGGGUACCUGUUGUAUGCAGCCCUCACACACCAGUAUGUGUUUGACUACCAUCCGGGAGACGUAUUUGGCUGCGUGGCGGACAUUGGCUGGGUGACAGGCCACAGCUACGUGGUGUACGGCCCGCUCUGCAACGGGGCCACCACUGUACUCUUUGAGAGCACGCCUGUGUACCCAAAUCCCGGCCGAUACUGGGAAACGGUGCAGCGGUUGGGGAUCAACCAGUUCUACGGUGCCCCCACUGCCAUACGUCUCCUGCUGAAGUACGACGAGAACUGGGUGAAGAAGUACGACAGGUCCUCCCUCAAAACCCUCGGCUCUGUGGGAGAGCCCAUCAACCGCGAGGCCUGGGAGUGGUUCUACCAUGUGGUGGGGGAUGGGAAAUGCCCACUGGUCGACACCUGGUGGCAGACAGAGACAGGGGGGGUGUGCAUAGCCCCACAGCCUGCUGAGGACGGCGCGGAGAUCCUCCCUGCCAUGGCAAUGAGGCCAUUCUUUGGCAUCCAGCCCACCCUCAUGGACGAGAAGGGGAAAGAGAUAAGAGGAAAUGAUGUCAGCGGCGCCCUCUGUAUUAGUCAGACUUGGCCUGGAAUGGCCCGGACCAUCUACGGGGACCACCAGAGAUUUGUGGAUGCGUACUUUAAACCAUAUCCAGGGCAUUAUUUCACUGGCGAUGGGGCUUACCGGUCCAAAGAAGGCUACUACCAGAUAACAGGGCGCAUGGAUGAUGUCAUCAACAUCAGCGGCCAUCGACUGGGCACUGCAGAGAUUGAGGAUGCCCUGGACGAACACCCAGACGUUCCUGAGACAGCCGUGGUUGGCAUCCCUCAUGAUGUCAAAGGCGAAGUUCCCUUUGCUUUUGUGGUCCUAAAAGAAGUGGGUUCCUCCAGUCAGUCACAAGUCAUAGAGGAGCUAAAAUCUCUGGUGGCUGCUAAGAUAGCCAAAUACGCUGUUCCUGAUCACUUCCUGGUUGUGAAGCGGCUCCCGAAGACUCGUUCGGGGAAAAUCAUGAGGCGGAUCUUGAGGAAGGUGGCUAUGGGUCAGUCCAGUGACCUCGGGGACAUUUCGACCUUGGACGAUCCCAGCGUGGUCACCGAGGUUAUCCAGGCAUGCGACCACUACAGAAGCCUGGAGUCAAAGAAAAAUUGAAGGUCCAAACCUCACUGCUUUUCAGGCUCCAGCCUCGCACUAGCUUGCCAGAGGGCAGAGGUCAACCAGUGGCCGUUAUUGCCAGUCACUGCUGGGGCAGAUGUUUAGGAAUUCCUCAAUUCCCAUCACCAAUUCUGCAUCGAAACUGGUUGUUCUGUACCACUUCCUUAGGUUGACACUUCACUUCCAAAGUGCUGAUUAGCACUGUGUCCCAGUCUUACUCUUGGUAGCUUAUGGGUUUUUCAUGGGAGGGGGCCCUCUUACUGGUCUGUAAC